GAGAGAGAGAGAGAGAGAGGUUUCUGAAGGUAAGGAGGGAGAGAGAGGGAGAGAGAGAAGAGGAUGGACAAUUUCUCGGUGUUGCCGGAAGGAUGCAUUUCACAGAUUCUGUCCAUGACCUCUCCUCGGGACGCGUGCCGUUCGUCCGCGAUCUCAUCCGGGUUCGACGCGGCUGCCAACUCGGAUUCCGCGUGGGAGAAAUUUCUGCCCUCAGAUUAUCGGCAAAUGAUUUGUAGAUCUGUAUCUCCUGUCGUCUUCUUUACCAAGAAGCAGUUGUACUUCAGUCUGUGCGACUCUCCUCUCCUCCUCGAUGGUGGCAAACUGAGCUUUGCGCUAGACAGAGAAAGCGGGAAGAAGUGUUACACCCUACCAGCCCGGGAAGUCGACAUUGCUUGGAAGGAGGAUUCCCGAUACUGGAAGUGGAUAUCGUUGCCUGAGUCUCGAUUCCCAGAGGUGGCCCAGCUUUUGCAUGUGUGUUGGCUUGAUAUUUGGGGCAGGAUUAGCACUGCAAUGCUAUCUCCAAACACCACUUAUACAGCUUACCUCAUUUUCAAGAUCAUAGACCAGAGGCACACUGGGCUUGAGUCGCUUCCUGUAAAGGCCUCUGUUAGAUUUGUAAAUGGAGAAGACGAGUAUGAAGACAAUAACAGUAGCACUGUUUUCUUGAAGUUGCGGACGUUGAGAUCUGUGGGUGGAGGACAAAAUGGACGGCUCCCUCAAACAAGGAAGGACGGGUGGAUGGAGAUUGAGCUGGGGGAAUUUUACAAUGACGUAGCAGAUGAUGGUGAAGUGGAGAUGAGGUUGAGGGAGGUCAGUAGUAGUAAGUCUGGCCUUAUUGUGGAGGGCAUUGAGGUACGGCCUAAAGUUGGCGUAUAAAUAAGAAGAAAGAGUUACGGUUAGGCUUGGUUAUCUUUAAUGAGGGAAAUGAUUUUAAAGCCCAUGUAGUAUAUACAAUAUUUCAUCACAUAGUUGGCUUGAAAUGGAACGUGUUAUGAUGGGGUGUGUCCAUACCACUAAAUAAACCAAGCUGAAUGCAUUGGUUUGCAAAUGGAUUUCCGUUCUGGAAAACUAUAGUUUCUUUUUUUGGCCGGGCUUGGGGGAUUAUGCUUUAGGAACUUCCAUAAUUGAUUUUUCUUUUUUUAAAUUGGGGCAUGCCUUAGAAACACUUAAAAAGAGUACACAAUGCUGGCAAAAGUAAUAUGGUGAUUAAUACAAUCUGGAAUGGCUUUGUAAAAUUGAAAAUGCUUCUUUGUUGCGGACAUGUAUGGCAGUCCCUUGCGGUUAAAUCUGCACAUUUGUUGUCUUCGUGUUGUGAAUGUGGAGUACUUGAUAGUAUGGCCUCCAAUUUUAUUAACAACCGACAUGCACUCAAGAAUGUUGUCAUAAACGAUGAGAUUUAUUCUGCUUUCUUGUAAUACUCAGACAAACAGUUGCAUAAUCAACUUUAAUGUUGGCGGCGGCGGUGUUCUUGUCAAGAA